CCCCCAUCUGGUCGCCUGCAGAGAAACAGGCUCCGCGUCCUAUUCCGAGAGGGAGCACCGGCUCCGCCGCGAAUUCGAAUCUGAACAUUCGAAUGCCCUUAAACGUAACUAUCACUAUACCACCAGCCAACUUUACAUUAAUUCUCCAUUCGCAGCCAUGGACCAGGACCAGUUUGGCGGCCGCACCGACGACGAUCUAUUCGCUGAUGACAUCGAGCCAGUGGAAGAAGAGACAGUCAUCCUGUCCGAAACCGUCACCGUUCAUGAUGCUCCCGCAGCACCAAGUCCGGCACCUGCACCGGCUCCUGUCUCGCAACAGCCCGCUCCCACCGCGCCGGCUCAGCCGGUGAGGGGAUCGUUAGCGCAAUCCCGCCACAAUCCGGGGCGACGCGGGGAUAGCAAAUCCCCUCGGCCACCGGGAAACAAUAAUGACAAUAACAACAACAAUAAUAACAAGAAUAAUAACAACAAGAAUAAUAAUAAUCACAAGAGGACUUCGAAGUCCGGGAACGCGAACAACUCGCCGUCCGUCCAAGAAUCCACGGCCACCUCAGCGCCAACUACAAACUCCAAACAACCCCCCACCGGCCCGCGCGAGCCCUCCGGCACAGCACCGGGAGCAAAAGCCAAGGGAUCGACGGCAUCCGCGUCGACAAACAACAACAACAACAACAACAACAAUACCGCCUCGGCCAUCUCCCAAGCCCGGCUCAACUCGGGGGCGAAUCCGCGCCCGAAGCUCACGGAGGAGGAGCUGACGGAGCGCAUGGAGAAGAUGCGGCUGCUCGCGGCCGAGAAGACGCGGCGGUUCGAGGAGGCGCAGCGCGACGAGUCCGAGUUCGCGGCCGCGUACGCGCACGACAUGGAGAAGGCGCUGGAGCGCCGCCGGGCCGCCGAGGAGGCGCGCCGCAAGCUCGAGGACGAGCGGGCCAAGAACCGGGAGCGCAAGCUCAAGGCCAUGGCCGGCAAGGAAGGGGGCGGCUGGGACGCCGGCAAGGAGGACCUCGUCGGUCGCGAGGAAGACAGGAAGGGGGGGUUCAAGGGAGCCCAUGGCGGAGUGAGGGGCGCCAGGUCCGCGGCCGGCCUCGGAGCGAGUCGGUUCGCCAGCGGCGGGGGCUUCGCGGAUGAGGGCGGAGACUUUAACGGGUUCGGCUUGAGAGGGCGAGGCAGGGGCCGGGGUGGUGGACGGGGCAGGGGUGGGCGCGGAGGCGGGGGACGGACGCUGUUUGAUGAACGCGAGGGUGAGAACGGGCGAGAUCAGGCACGGCCGAACCCACCUGCUGCUGCUGCUGCUGCGGCGGCGGCGGCGGAGUCGUCUCCGCCGAAGAAGGCCGACCUGAAGCAGGAGGAUUUCCCGCCUUUGCCGACAUCAGCUGCCGCGGCGCCUAAGACGGUCGAGGCCGCAUGGGUGUCCAAGCCCGAUGUUGACCUUUCGAUCGCAUCGCCCGUAGGCAAGUGGGAUGAGGAGGUGGCUGCUGAUAUCGCUGCCAAGCAAAACCCAUCGUAGGAGAGGGAGUGCGAGGCUCAAAAGGCAGCCACUGGUCCAUGGCGCAUCCAUCAUCAAAUAGCGAAGUGCAACGCUAGCCAAAUCGGGGCUUGGCGGAGCAGGUUCGUCACGGUAAUUGAGAUGGCUCUAUAUAUAUAUAGACACCAAACACAGCAGUGGACGAGGAAAAGGCGGACGGAAAUGCUCGAAUCAAUGGCCACGGUUAGGCCAGGCUACCGGAGCGGCCCGCGGUGAACGACCUUUACGAGAGAUAGUAACCCG